AUGACUGCUCCGUUAUCCCAACCUACUGUGGCUGUAGUUGCCAAGGACGCCGCCACCAUCCGCAAGCGCAGAAGACGUGCCCCCGCUGGUGGUGCCGCGGACGACUGCUUCACAUGCUCUAAGCGCAAUGUCAAAUGCGACCGCCGCCGACCCUACUGCUCUCAAUGCCUCGAGAUCGGCAACGAAUGCUCCGGCUACAAGACACAGUUGACCUGGGGCGUCGGUGUUGCAAGCCGCGGCAAGCUUCGCGGACUGUCUUUGCCCAUUGCAAAGGCACCUCCGGUCACUCGUGAGCCGAAGAAGUCGCCUGUCUCGCGGGCAAGGGCCCAAUCGAGCGCCGCUGCUCUUUCGACAAAAUUGGCCCGAAGUCCCAUCGACAUUCCUUCAACAACACACACGGCUUCGACGCCGAGCACGCCAGCAUACCAAGUUCCCGCGUACGACUACCUCUCCAUCUCACACCACGGCCACACCCAGUCAAUGUCACAGAGCAGCUGGGGCAGUGUUGGAUAUUCUCCUGGUCUUGUGCACUCGCCCGAUGGAACACCGAGAUAUGCUAGAUUUCCUCUGCAUCUCAGCACCGAUGCGCUCUCUUCCUCGUGCGAAUCGGUUGGCAGCGAGGUAGACUAUCUUUCUCCUCUGAGCCAAUCAUAUGCUCGCGAGGAGAUCCCCUUCAGCCAUAGCCCGACCGUCAUGUAUGAAGGAUAUCCUACUCAGCAUAGCUCCCCCAUUGCGCAAAGCCCCCCCACCGUGUUGGUUCUUGACCACUGCCGCGCCCCUACUUCUUAUCCAGGGCUGGUCUAUGCCCCCUCAGAGACUCAUCCUGCCCUCGCUCACCACAUGGAUCCUUUUGAGUCGCACCUUGGCCACAAACUUAUGCGGGGUUGUGAAAGCCUCAGUGUUCCUGAAGUCGAUGCCGGCGGUGGCUCCACUCCACGAAUUGCACGAAAAGCUUUACCACCGCCUAGACGUCACAGCAGUGGCCAGGUGCAAUGGUUUGGACAAGCUGGCGCCAAGACGGAUCUGUUGGCCAAGAUGCCGUUUUUUAUGGAUUACUUCAAGAUUACCAUGGCCCCGUCUAUGGUCUUCAUAGAUGGCCCUCACAACCCUUUCAGAGAGCACGUCCUACGCUUGGCAGUGCAUAACCCGAGCGUGCAGCACGCCAUCUGUGCCCUGUCAGCCUGCAAUCUGCGAAUGAAGAGGAGAUUGAGCUUGGGACACGGGACAACUGAGUUGUUAGCAACUCUAAUGGCGGAGAAACAGGCCUCCGAGACCACCUCGGGCACAGAGAUGGAAGACAAAUCACUUUCCGAAGAGAUACAACAUCGCAAUCUUGCAGUACACCUUUUGAAUCGACAGCUUGGCGAUCCAGUGAAGUCGUGCCAUGAUUCGGCGCUUGCAACAAUCCUCCUCCUGUGUCAUUACCGAAUGGUCGAAUCUGGUAUUGCAAAAUUCCAUACGCAGUUUGCAGGCGUUCGCAAGAUUCUAGCCAUGAGGAAAUCUAGAGACUCAAACCCGUCUAAGGAUUCUUCAUGGAUGGAGACUCUAUUUACCUACUUUGAUGCUAUUUCGGCCAGCAUCAACGAGCGGGAAGCGCAGCUAGCUCCCGGCUUUGAGGGUGUCUCUCCAGACGUACAGAACCUACCUAGUGGGUCUGAAAACAUGAUUGGAUGUGAUCGGAACCUCUUCAAGACGAUUGGCAAAUUAGGUCGCCUGAAUCUCUUAUCCCAGCAUCGACCUGUGCAAGGCAUGAGCGAGGCGGUAGAACCCCAGCAAGAAGAUUGCGCGGGCAAGGAAUCAAAAUCGCCUCCACGAUUUGACGGAAAUGGUUUUGGUACAAAGCUCGACGACGACGAGAUGCUCGCCAAUGCGAUGUACUCUUCGGUAUCCUUUGACGAGCGGCAAUAUGUCUUUUGGACAGAGUGGAAGGCUGCACGGCAAGAGCUUCAAGACUGGCAGUUUGACGCUUCCUCGGUGGCCAUGUCACUACCUGGCUCACCUACCACAGGUCAGCUGCGCGAUUUGGGAGCUGUCUCUGAGGCAUUUCGAUAUGCCGCCCUGCUCUACUCCGAGCGGCUAGCAAACCCACAUGGUCCAUCUACACACAGCAACUUCCAGAACCUGGUUAGUCAGGUUGUGCAUCACGCAACAAGCCUAGAGACCAGUAGUGCGGCAGAAAAGUUCCUACUAUGGCCCCUGUUCGUGGCUGGGUCGGAAUGCAUCGUGGAGUCACAACAAACCAUCAUACGGGACAAGUGUCGUGGCAUCAUGGGUCGAUCCGGCUACAUGAACAACCUAGCAGCUCUUGGUGUGCUAGAGAAGCUGUGGUCAGGAGAGAUCAAGAGCGAGGCAAAGCUUCACUACUACAACGCUAUGGGGACUGGCAGAGGUCCCUUCAACUGGACCAAGUGUCUCGGCGGGCCAGGCGCCGGGGUUGAGUGGAUCAUGUUCUAA